AUGAUGGUGGAUUACAAUGCCCGGCGCCUGAGCUACGAAGCUUGGCGCAGCGGGGGGGGUGGUGGUCCCGAAAUUUUUCCCGGGAAUUCUCCCCAUAAUUCCCACCUUUCUCCCAUCCCUAAUUCCAGGAUUUUCCUGGGAAUUCCCCCGUCCCUAAUUGGGGAUUUUUCCCGUUUUUCCCAGAAAAAGGACCCGGCGCAGUUCCUGCAGGUGCACGGCCGGGCCUGCAAGGUGCACCUGGACUCCGCCGUGGCCCUGGCGGCCGAGAGCCCCGUCAACAUGAUGCCCUGGCAGGGGGACACCAACAACAUGAUCGACAGGUUCGACGUCCGUGCUCACCUGGAUUUCAUCCCCAUGUACACCCCGAGCCUGCUCAGCCCCACCUCACCGGAGCAGGAGUCGGACGAGCGCAAAUGCAACUACGAGCGGUACCGGGGCCUGGUGCAGAACGACUUUGCCGGCAUCUCAGAGGAGCAGUGCCUGUACCAGAUCUACAUCGACGAGCUCUACGGGGGCCUGCAGAAACCCAACGAGGAUGAGAAGAAAAAGCUGGCGGAAAAAAAGGCUUCCAUAGGCUACACCUACGAGGACAGCACGGUGGAGGAGCUGGAGAAUUCCCUGGAAAAACGAGCCGGGGACGAUGAGGACUCCGAGGAAGAUUCCAACACUGACGAGGACGAAGUGAUCCCGGACAUCGACGUGGAGGUGGACGUGGACGAGCUGAACCAGGAGCAAGUGGCCGACCUGAACAAGCAGGCCACCACCUACGGCAUGGCCGAGGGGGAUUUCGUCAGGAUGCUGAGGAAGGACAAGGAGGAGGCCGAAGCCAUCAAAAACGCCAAGGCCCUGGAGGAGGAGAAGUCCAUGUACUCGGGCCGCCGCUCGCGCCGGCAGCGCCGGGAAUUCCGGGAGAAGCGGCUGAAAGGCCGGAAAAUCAGCCCCCCCAGCUACGCUCGCCGGGACAGCCCCACCUACGACCCGUACAAACGGUACUGCCCCCGGGAACGCCCCCGGUGCUGCUCCCGGUGCUCCCGGGGCCACUCCGGUCCCUAA